AAAGUAAUAACAACAAAAAUGUGUUCAUUAAAAGUGAUUUUAACAGUGUUCAUGGUCACCAUUGGCGGUCAUUAUCAAUCAGCAGAAGCGCUGAAAAUUCUCGGGCUGUUUCCUUUAGCUGGACGGAGUCACUUCAUUCCACCGGCACGAUUAAUGAAGGAACUGGCUGCAAAAGGACACCAGGUUGAUGUCGUCAGCCACUUUCCGCUGAAGAGCCCCGUUCCCAAUUAUAGAGACAUCAGUUUGAAAGGGUUAACGCCUAUCUCGACUAAUAAUAUGUCUUAUGACCAAAUCCAAACUGUAGGCGGGUUCUCGAUGCAUAAUUUUAUUUCGCUAACAGGGACUCAAGUUUGUGACUUGUUAAGCACGCCUAUCUUUGAAAAACUUCUUAAAACUCCAAAAGGAACUUAUGAUCUCAUUGUACUUGAGUUAUUCACCGCAGACUGCUACAUGGCAUUCGGAAAACACUUAGGAGCUCCAAUAGUCGCGAUGGUAAUGUCCAAAAUGCACGACUGGAUGUACGGACAUUUUGGAAUUCCCUACAACACUGCAUACAUACCAAGUUUGUUUUCGAGUUUUGAUCAGAGUAUGACUUAUUUGGAGCGACUUCAAAACACAUUAGUGUCAACAAUCAUAGUUUCACAGGUAAAUUACUAUAAGAAAGAGCAGUUGACGCACGUGGAGAAGUACUUUGGACGAAAAUUAACAAACAUGGCAGAGUUAUACAAGGACGUAUCGAUAGUUCUUCUUAAUUCGCAUCACAGUCUCUAUGAUAUAAUACCCACUCCGCCGAGAGUAAUUGAAGUCGGUGGCCUUCAUGUCUACGAUGAUCAGCAAGAAUUAACGCCCGAGAUCAAGAAGUGGCUAGAUGAGAGCAAAGAUGGCUGCGUUUACUUCACAUUUGGCUCGAUGGUAAAAAUAGAAACGUUUCCUGCGAAAACGCUUGCUGCUUUUUACGAAACUUUCAAAAAAAUUGCGCCCACAAGAGUUUUGAUGAAGAUUGCUGAUCCGUCAUUGCUUCCCGCAGGAUUGCCAAAAAAUGUGAUUACGUCGACUUGGUUGCCGCAAGUCGCGGUUUUGAAGCACAAAAAUACCAAAGUAUUCAUCACUCACGGCGGGUUAAUGGGAACUCAAGAAUCUCUGGCCCACGGAGUCCCAAUGGUCGGGAUCCCGAUCUUCGGAGAUCAAUUUACGAAUCUCCAGAUCUACGAACGAAGAAAGAUCGCUGUUGUCCUUAAGCAAGAAGAUAUUACCGCAGAAUCGUUUACUAAAGCAGUCACUACUGUUCUUACCGAUCCGGUAUAUAGUGAUAAUAUAAAACGCCUGUCAAAAUUGUUCCUCGAUCGACCAAUGAGUGCAAUGGACACGGCUAUUUACUGGGUGGAAUACAUCGCAAGGCACGGAAACAUCUUGAAUUCUCCAGCAACCAAAUUGUCAUGGUGGGAGUAUUAUUUGAUCGAUGUCUACGGAUUAGUUCUGUUAUGCAUCGCUGUCGUGCUCUACAUCAUUAAGUUUAUUCUAAAGCUUCUCUGGAAACUUGUUUGCUCAAGGAAAUCCUCGCAGGCCAAGUCAACAGCCGCGAAAACUAAGAAAAAUAAAUGAAAGUGCUUUGAGCUUUUUUAGCAAUUGUUGAUGUUAAUAUAGCACAAUUUAUACUAAUUUAUUACUGUAAGAAUUUCUAAUGAAAAAUAAUCAAAAUAUGGUAUUUUUUUAAUGAUUAAUAAACAGAUUUGAAGUUUG